UUGAAUUAUACUGCAUGGUUGAAACUUGAAAUGACUAAUGUUACUACUUUGUGUGACUGUUUUCUAGAUUGAAUCAUAUGGUGGUCAGGCUGUUACUUUUGGUGGAGAUGUUUCAAAAGAAGCUGAUGUGGAGGCAAUGAUAAAAACUGCUGUUGAUGCAUGGGGAACCGUUGAUAUAUUGAUAAACAAUGCAGGAAUUACUCGGGAUACUUUGUUGAUGAGAAUGAAGAAAUCACAAUGGCAGGAGGUUAUUGAUCUGAAUCUGACAGGAGUGUUUCUUUGUACACAGGCAGCAGCCAAAAUUAUGAUGAAGAAGAAAAAGGGAAAAAUAAUUAAUAUAGCAUCAGUUGUUGGUCUGGUUGGCAAUGUUGGGCAAGCCAACUACAGUGCCGCUAAAGCAGGAGUUAUUGGCUUGACAAAGACUGUCGCAAAGGAAUAUGCCAGCAGAAACAUUAAUGUCAAUGCUGUUGCACCUGGAUUCAUUGCAUCUGAUAUGACUGCCAAGCUUGGGGAAGACAUUGAGAAGAAAAUCUUGGAAACAAUCCCCUUAGGAAGGUAUGGUCAACCAGAAGAAGUUGCCAGCCUGGUGGAAUUUUUGGCCCUAAACCCUGCUUCCAAUUAUAUCACAGGACAGGUGUUAACUAUUGAUGGGGGAAUGGUCAUGUAAAAUUGCUACCCUUCCUCAUUAAGCUUUCAGCAGGUAGUUCUGCAACGACAUCUAAACUCUAAUUAAUAUAGCUUGUUUAGUGGAUUGCUGUUGUUUAAUAUAGCUUUUGUAGUUUUUUUUUUUUUU